AGAGAGAGAGAGAGAGAGAGAGAGACUUUUUUGGCAUCGGAGCAGAUGGGUGAGACUGAGGAUGAGCGUAUGGCACAGGCUGGUGUUCUCUUUGAGAACUUUGUCAAGGCGUCCACUUGCAAAGGCUCUCUGCAGGCCUUCAGCAUCCUCUGCAGGCAGCUGGAGCUGGACCCUCUGGACUAUGCCAACUUCUACGGCUCGCUGAAAGCGGCGAUCAGCACCUGGAAGGUCAACGUCCUGUGGACCAAACUGGACAAAAGGGCCCAGCACAAGGUUUACAACCAGAAUAAAGCCUGCCCAGGCACCAGGUGCCUGAUCAUUGGUGGCGGCCCGUGCGGCCUGCGAACGGCCAUCGAGCUGGCUCUGUUGGGCUGUAAGGUGGUGGUGAUCGAGAAGAGGGACACCUUCUCCAGGAACAACGUGCUCCACCUCUGGCCCUUCACCAUCCACGACCUCCGCGGCCUCGGAGCCAAGAAGUUCUACGGCAAGUUCUGCGCCGGCACCAUCGACCACAUCAGUAUCCGCCACCUCCAGCUGAUGCUGCUGAAAGUGUGUCUGAUUCUGGGAGUGGAAUUUUACAUCAACGUGGAGUUUGUCAAACUGGCGGAGCCACCGGCAGACCAGACUGAUGACAGUAAGUGUGCGUGCGCGUGCGUGCUCUGUUCUCCGUAUGUUAAAGGGUCAUGAGUGGCACUGACACACAGGCAUAUCUCAGCUAUAUACGGUAAUCGCACCCGCUCACAUAAUACACAUGUUAAAGUGAUCAGACAGUUUCCCACAGAGGAGGCGUAUGCAGUGGGAGCAUUUAUAGCAAACUCUAUCAAUAGAGUUUAUAGCAAAUUCUAUUGAUAGAGUCCGCUGAUGGUUACAUUUUAGUUCGACUUUGAGUUCGCCUGUGUGUCCUAGAUAUAGCGUGUGGGGGACUAUUUUGACACUUAAACACAAUCGCAGCCUUUCUUCUUGUGAUGGAAGAUUUCUAUGAUUAAUCGGGAGAAGGGUGGAAGUUUUCAAUCUGGAUCAAUAAACAGAGUCUCGAAAGAAUCAAAGUUGUUGGUCUUUAUUGCAAUAAAGAGAGAGCAGUCCCAAAGACACGUAUCUCAGUGUACUGUGAGAAGGCUUCUAAAAGGUGCAACAUUCAAUAUCAUUUAUGCAUACAAAAGGUUCACGCCUUACAAAUUCAGAUAAUGUGGCAAAAGGGGAGUACAAGUAUUUCAGACAGGAUGUCUGUUUCUGCAUCAUUCAGUUUCUGGAGUCAAGGUCUCUCUGUGUCUUUCUCCUAAGACAAAGACAGUGUCUCUUCACUUCUCAUCCUUCAUGGGAA